UUAAUAUUCGUUUUUGUAUAUUAUUGAACCACAACCGGAGACAACCACAUCAUUUCAAGCUUCAAAAGUUCAAGAACCGUAAAAAGUUGUUCAAUAAGAGUAUAUUAUAAUAUGUUUAAACAUGAAUUUUAUCCUAUCGCAACGCUUAUUGCAGUCCUUAAUAUUUUCUGUACCAAGGUAAUUGGUCAUGGAAUGCUUUUAGAUCCUGUUAGUCGUUCAUCUAGGUGGCGAUAUGAUGAAUCAGCCCCGAAAAAUUACGAAGAUAACAUGCUCAAUUGUGGAGGAGCCGAUUUAAGUUUUGCAACUAAUUUUUAUUUUAUCUUUACAUUCCUCAUGAGCUUUAUUUUCCAGGUAAUGUGGGGUACUAAUGCUGGUGAAUGUGGAUUGUGUGGAGAUGAUUACAGUUUACCAACACCUCGUCCCAAUGAACUGGGUGGAACCUUUGGAGAGGGAGUAAUUACCAAACAGUACGUUAAUGAAUACCAGGUCGAAUUGGGCAUACAAGUCAUCGUAAACCACAUGGGUUUCUUCUACUUCGAUAUUUGCAACUUGGACGAGUUUCAUGAAGAAUCUGAGGAUUGUUUUAAGGAAAAUCCCAUUCUAUUGGCUGAUGGCAGUGAUAAGUUUUAUAUUGAUGAAACGGUCGGAUGGUUAAAUGCAACAGUAAUUUUUCCUCCAGAAUUAAAUUGUAUGCACUGUGUUUUGAGAUGGAACUAUGUAGCAGGAAAUAAUUGGGGUAAAUGUGAAGAUGGCAGUCUUGGUUUGGGUUGUGGACCGUUUCAGAAGAACUAUAAAGGUUGUUCUGAUAUAAGUAUAGUGACGCCAAGUUCACGACAUAUCUUAUCACUUAUAAAUAACCAUGGUGUAAAACAGGUUGAGCCUGCUGAUGAACUAACUGAGCCUGAGCCUGAGACUGAGCUUGAGGCUUAGACUUACAUGUUAGAUUCAUAUGUGUGUUUUAAAAAUGUACAUAUUAUAAGUACAUACUUAUGUAUAUUUGUAUUAUGUGAUAACCAUUUAUGUUUAAUAAACGAGUUCAAAAAUUGAAA